CACACUUGUGUUUUUGUAAUCCUAGUAACUUCAUUGAUUCCAUCUAGGUAUAGGUUGUAUUAAUUAGGUGUACCGCUGGUAUACCUGGUCCUGAGUUUAUAUUUGCUGUGCCUGGGUUAUAUCGCAUUUUAAUGGUUCCGUGUGUCUAGUUGGCAUUUGGGCAGUUUGGUUACGUAUUUGAAGCAUGUUGGAGUCAACCCUUUCACUCCUUGAGACCAAGUUAGAUCGAUGUCGUGAAUUGAUAGAGCAGCUUGUGGCAUGUUUGUUAGGGUGUAACAUUCGUGAUGAGCUGACUGGUUUGGAGUAUAGCAAGGUGUUCGCUUCUCUUUCGUUUACUAUAUACUCUCUUCACUAUGUCAACCAGAAGCUAAAGGGUCAGAAUCCUGUAAAUCAUCCCAUAUCUCGGCACUUGUUGAAAGUUAAGGGGUACAUGGAGGAGAUUCAUGGGAUUCUGUCUAGAUGUGGUCACCCUAAGAUUAAUCGGAAUGCAGCUCGUCGGAUUGUCCGUUCUCUCUUGUAGUACCCGUGAGCUGCAGUCGUUUGGGUGCAGAAAUG